AUGGUGACUUCAAAAUCAAAGAAAUUGGAGCCAAAUAUUUGCUGGCGUUGUGGUGUUUUGCUCAAUAGUCGAACAACUCAAAGUGCGAUUCAGUGUAAAGUAUGCAAUCGAUCUUUUCAUCGAAAAUGCUAUUUAACGGAUACAGGUAUUGGAAAAGAUGAUGUACAAUCUUGUGUUUGCUGUUUAUGUGGGGUUCUACGAUUACCUUAUCCCCCACGUAUUCAAGAAAAUUCAUUAGCGGUGAAAUUUCUUCGAGAUGGAUAUUGUGUCAUCUCUUUAUCUAACAAUCCUAAAGAAAAAAAGAUUCUGUUAGAAACUCUUGAAAAAUUUCGAGUUAAUGCAGAACGAUAUUUUAAUGCUUUUAUGCGUUCUUACGAAAAUGAAUUGGAAUUUUCUACCAAAGUACCUAGUCUUGAGAGUGGAUUUUCCAAUUUCAGAGAGCGUGGUAAAGGUAGGUUUGAACUUAUUUCUUCUGAAAUUGAAAAAGAGGUACAAAGUUUACUAAAAAAGUCUAAACUUUUGUGGAAUACACUUGAUCUUUUAUUGACUCCUGCAUCCAGAAGGGUCCGAGAAGCCAAAAAGGUUAUGUCAGCAGGUUGUUUUUAUUCACUUCCUGGAAGUUCUCUGCAAAAUCUUCAUACAGAUGGACCUUCUUUAAGUUCAGUAAAAGAUUUGUAUCCGUAUGCAGUAAACGUAUUUAUUCCUCUCGUACCUUUUGAUAAAACCAAUGGUACCGAGUUUUUUCCAGGUUCACAUCGUAUUGAAUGGCAAUCCAUAGAUCCCCAAAAACGUAAAUCGAAGAUACCUACUAUUCCUCUUGGAAUGGCGCUAUUGUUUGAUUAUAGAGUCUUACAUCGCGGUUUGAGGAACCAACGGGGUUCACCCCGUCCUUGUUAUUAUACAACUGUAGUCAGAUCAUGGUAUAAAGAUAAAUUUAACUUUAGCUUGGCUAGGUACAGAACGACAUUAAAUGUGCCUUCAUAUCUCUUGGAGAACCGAAAGGGUGAAAGUAUGAGAAAAAAACGUAAAACGGAGUAG